CAAAAUUUCGUUGCACCGGCGGCACGUGAAGCGUUGCUCUACGCACGGAACAAUCGUAUUGUGUAUGCCUGGACAGCACUGAUUUCAGGGGCAUCACAUGGUAACGAUUGUUCUUUCAUUUUCAACAAUGCGCUGCUUUCUCAUUCAUCAUCUAAUGCAACCCGAUCAGUGAAAUGGAAUGAGGAAGAACAAGAAAUAACCCUUCGUCUCAUCAACCAGAUCGCUGACUUCGUCCACAAAAGGUCAAGAGUCAUGCUGGAUUAUUACUGA